AAUAGAUAGAUUUUUCAGAGUAUUCUAGGGAAAAAAAGAAACUGAAGAGAGAAGAUAGAAAUCUUUUUCAUCAAACAGAUUUCGUAAGAAAAAUAAUUGAAAAAAAUCAUUAGAAUUAAAAUAGUUCCCAGAGAUGAUAAAAUUCUAAAAUGAUUAUUUUUAUGUGAAAUUAUUAAAUUUUUUUGAUUUCGCGAGUCAUAUCUCAGGUAAAAAGACGUGACAAGCAUAAUGUUGGAUGCACGACUUAUUGUUAGUCAGAGUACGGAAUGAUCAAGUCGUUAAGAUGAAAUGGUUAUAUCAGCCUUCCCGACGUACCAAGUAUUAAAAAAGAAAGCAGAAAUCUCUUGAUUGCAAUCCUUGCCGUUCGUCCAAUCUUGGUCGAAACGAGAGAUUCAUAUAAAUCGAAUUAAAUAAGUUUUACAGCCGAAGGAAAGCGUGAUGGAUGAAGAUGUAAAAAUUUCAAUGUUUCUUUCGCUUCUAGAUUGCUUCGUGUUUUAUUUAAGCGAAAUAAUAUUUUUAUCAAUUUUGUUUAAUAAAGAUAAUUAUAAUUGAGUUAUAAUCCAGAAAAAAAUAUUUUUACUUAACAUAUCGUAUCUUUACAUAAAAAAAGAAUAUUAUAAUGUAGAAAGAUAAUUCUUGAAAAAUAAAAUUUCAAAAUUAAAUAAAAUUUAUAAAAUUACAAUUAAUGAACAAGAUGUCAAGUUAUAAGUGGAUCUGACAAUGAGUUAUUAAAAUAAAAUGAAACCAUCACAUAAAUUUUAAAUUUUUUAUAUAUAACAGGGUUCUAUUUUCUUUAUUUAUUAUAUAUAUUCUGCUGCCCAAGAUACAAUAUGCAAAUUAAUGUUGAGAAAGGAAACAAUAAAUAUCAAUUGUAUCGCGAUCAGAAGAAAAAGCGAUCGUGUGCAACUUCACAUGUAAAAUAAAUGUAAGAAUAGAAUACACACGUGUGAGACUUUUUCGGAAGAUUCGUCGAUCCUCCGCAUUUUAAACAUCGAUUUACAUUUUUGAAAGCUUCUCGAGCACGAGUCAAAGUUGUCGGUUUAGUUCGUUGCAUCGUUGAAUACAAUAUAAUGGAGAUCAAGCAGGUUUUCCUGAAAACGCGCGCCGAGUUUGGCAAGCAGUGCAUCUUCGAUGUACACGGCCCGAACGUGGACGUGGACAUCAGGCCAGAUGUCAACGCUAUGGCCAAUUACAUUACGAGGACUCACUGCAACGUCGGCAUGCAACACACCAAACAGUUUGCGUUGCACGAGGCUCAGACUGUCGGAACCCAGACAAAGAGCAGCGGAAUGUUUCACUUCGAGGGUGGUUGGCCGAAGGAAAUCAAUCCGAAGGACGAGGAAGCUACAGCGAGAUACCGCAGACGAGUCGAGAAGGACGAAGAUUGGGCACCGAAAUUGCGCAACUUAUUCCAACAAAUGGAACAUAACAUCCUCCAGAAUGGCGCACUUAACAUAUAUCAACACUACUUUGACGAUAUGGUUCCCACAGAAUUAGUGAAACCCCGUAGUCUUAGAACAGUGAAUGUAUACGAGGAUCCGCAAACGCCGAUACGACCAGUGAACAAUAUUUCUUGGUCGCCAGACUCUGGUAGUAAAAUGGUAGUCUCGUAUUGCUCCUUUGGAACUGAGCCAGAUUACAGUAACAUUGCGUAUAUCUGGCAGAUUGACAAUCCUAAUAAACCCUGGAUGGCAUUGGAUGCUUCGUCCGCCACUGUAGUCAACGAAUUUAAUCCUCGGGAUCCUUCCGUACUUGUUAGCGGCCUAAUGUCAGGUCAAGUUUGCAGCUGGGACAUCAGAACUGGUACUUCUCCGGUCCAAAUGUCUCAUCGUCAAUUCAGUCAUAGGGAUUUCGCGACAGUAGUAAAGUGGAUCGCUACUAAGAGCAAUACGGAGUUCUUCUCAGGCUCUUCGGACGGCAGUGCCAUGUGGUGGGACACUAGAAAGUUGCGAAGACCAACCGAAAUUCUCAUGUUCGAUCUCCAAAUGCCAAACGAACCGAAUAUGGAUCGGGCGAUCGGUGUCGCGUCAGCUGACUAUGAACCUAGUGUAGGCAUGAAGUUUAUGUUUGGGCUGGAAAACGGUGUCGUGAUCAGCGGUUCGAAAAAAGCGAGAACUCCAGCCGAAAAACUGGCUCUCAGGUUCAACGCUCAUUAUGGUCCAGUUCUUUCCGUCGAUCGCAGUGGUUUCAAUCCGAAGAUUUUUUUGACAGUCGGCGACUGCACAUCUCGCGUCUGGGCGGAGGAUACCAAGGACGACAGUCUUGUAUCGACAAGAUUCAUAAUAGAGGAUCCUGUCUGUGGUUGCUGGAACAAAACAAGACAUUCAAUAUUUUAUGUGGCGACACGUAUCGGUGUGUUAACUGUGUGGGAUCUUCUGAUGGGUCUGCGCGAUCCGAUUUUGACGGUGAAGCUUUGUGAGCAAAAAUUAACUGCAGUCGCAUCACACGAAACAGGAGCUUUAUUGGCCGUCGGAAAUUCCGCCGGCAAUGUUUACCUCGUCGAGUCGACGGAAGCAUUAUAUACGUUCGAUAAAAAUGAAAGGAACGAUCUCACGUCGUACCUGGAGAGAUGUUCUCAUUUCGUGAAGGCAAUAGACACACGGUUGAAAGAAAUAAAAUUGGCGAGGACUGCCAUAGAGGAAGCAUCAGAGUCCAUGUUGGUAGAUCUAAAAGAUAGAAAGAAGGAUAAACGGCCAAUAAACGAUCGCGAUAAACGAAAGACGCAGGAGAAAUUAAAAGAUCCUCGAGAGAAGAGUAGAAUUAUGUCAAAGAGAAAACUUAAGGAUGAAUUUCCCGAACUUCAGGAAGUUGAAGACAAAUUCUUCGAGAUUGUCAAGAAGGAAAAACAGAAAUAUAUAGAGGACGAAGAUUCAGAUUUGUCAUCUGUAAAAAUAACGCGAUCCGUAAAAAAAAUCACUAGUCGAAAAAUCGACAAAAAUUCGCAUUUGACAACACACGAAGCAAAAGAGAUCGAAACGAAAACGCCGCCUAAGAAAAUAUCUAAGGAAAAUCGAGAAAAAUAUCCAAGAAAGACUGAGAUUUCCGCGACGGAAACAGUACGAGACAUUGAAGAAAAGAAAGUAAUGGCAGAAGAAGUCUUGCCUGCGUUGGCGGAAGCGAUCGUAGAAUCUCCUAUAAAGAAGAUUAGUAAGCGAAAACGUAGAAAGAAGCUACGAAAGAAACGGCCGAUGCAUAUCGCCUUCAGAUUGCCGAGGCCAUGCAAAAUAGGCGUAUGCAAACCCGACAUUUGCUGCCGCAGGACUACGUUCGGAAAAAUAAGAAUUAGGCCCACAGAUCGAGCAAUCAAAGACCAUGAGAAAUGGGACAAAGUCAAUGUCAGAGUGAGGACGUUGAUAGAAAAAAAGGAAAAAAUGAGACAGAAGAGCAGAAAGUCCUGGACGAAGCUGAUGCGCGUUUAUAAGCGCAAGGAGUUAACUAAAAAGUACGACAAAGAAAGAAUUUCUCUUCAAGAGAUGAUGGCGACGCCCGAAGAACUAGCUGUCAUAAUGGAAGAUGUGAAGAAAGCUAAAAGAGAGAUCCAGGAAACCGGCAGAGCAAGGACAGCAAGGACAAAAAUAAGAAAACCUGCCAAGGAAACUUGGAAAAGCCGGUUAGUUCUGGUGCUAAAUUCGGAAUUGAGUUUCAAUCGAUUUGACUACAUAAUUUUAUUUACAAAAUUCCUUUUCUUCAUUGAAUUAUGAGAGCUUUUUUUUAUCUCUUACUUUAUUUUAAAAAAUAUUAUUUUUUUAUUUCAUAUAUAAACCUAAUCGAUGAGAUUCCGAAUGUAAGAAAAUAGUUUACACAAAACUAUUUAUUUCCAUUAUCUGUUAGUAUACUAAUAUCGAUUUGAUGACAAUUUCGGAUCAUAGUAGACUCAAGUCAAUAUAUUUGCAUGAGAAUGAAACAGCUCGUCGAGAU